AUGUCCAAGGUUGCUGAUAUAAUUGCUAAAUUGGCAAUUCCAAUUGGUGUGGGUGCUGUUAUUGCCCAGUCUUCUUUAUAUGAUGUUAAAGGUGGUCAGCGUGCAGUCAUCUUUGACAGAUUCCAAGGUGUGAAGCAAAAAGUUGUGGGCGAGGGUCUUAACUUUGUCAUUCCUUGGCUACAGAGACCAAUCAUAUAUGAUGUCAGAACAAGACCAAGAGCCAUAAAUACAGUUACUGGAUCGAAAGAUUUGCAAACAGUCUCUCUUACAUUGAGAGUUUUACACAGACCAGAUGUCCGUGGACUCCCUUGGAUUUACAGAAACUUGGGUCUGGACUAUGACGAAAGGGUUUUGCCUUCUAUUGGAAAUGAGGUGUUGAAAACUGUGGUUGCACAGUUUGAUGCUGCCGAACUGAUCACAAUGAGAGAGUUGGUUUCCAAGAGAAUUUGGAAGGAGUUGGAGAAGAGAGCAGAAGAGUUUCACAUCAAGCUUGAGGAUGUGUCUAUUACACACAUGUCUUUUGGAAGAGACUUCACUAAAGCUGUUGAGAGAAAGGUGAUUGCCCAGCAGGAUGCUGAAAGAGCAAAGUUCCUCGUUGAUAAAGCUGAGCAAGAGAGAAAGGCUAAUGUUAUAAGGGCAGAGGGUGAAGCAGAGGCUGCAGAGCAUAUUUCGAAGGCACUUAAUGAGAAUGGUGAUGGCUUGUUGUUGAUCAGAAGAAUUGAAACAUCAAAGCACAUUGCUGACACACUCAGCCGUUCGCCUAAUGUUAUUUAUUUGCCGGAUGGUUCCAGAAAGGGUGGAAAUCAGGCAUUGAUGCUCAACAUAGGAAGAAAUUGA